CACUAGCAUCCACAGACGACUUUUUUCAAUCCUUCUUUUUUGUUUGUAAAAAAAUUUCAAUUCUUUCAUGUUAAUCAAGUAAAUAUUUUAAUUAAAUAAAAAAAUCACAAUGGACGACGACUUUCCUACCGCCGAAUUCCAAAAGAAACUUAAAAGAUCCUCCAGCGAAGAAUUUGUCGAUUUGAAUUUUUUUGGCUCUGACAAUGAUAGCUCCAUGACUGAAAUCUAUUCCCUCAAAAGACAAACAUCCAACAACACAGAUGCAGACCGUCAAAGUGAUGAACAGGAAAAUAAUAAAAAACUAGCCAAAACAAAAAAAGAACUCGAAGAAGAGGAACGUGAAAAAAUGCAAGUACUUGUAUCCAACUUCACCGAAGAUCAGUUGGACAGAUAUGAAAUGUAUCGACGAGCUGCAUUUCCCAAGGCCGCUGUUAAACGUUUGAUGCAAACCAUUACUGGCUGUUCAGUAUCACAGAAUGUUGUCAUUGCUAUGGCGGGAAUAGCUAAAGUAUUUGUUGGAGAGAUUGUUGAAGAGGCAUUGGAUGUUAUGGAAGGUGCUGGAGAUUCUGGAGCUUUGCAGCCGAAAUAUUUGAGAGAAGCUGUGAGAAGAUUACGUGCCAAAGGUCGAAUGCCCAUUGGCAAAACAUCAAAGCAAUUUUUUAAACUUAAUUAGAUAUUUUUUUUCUAUUGUUUUUCUUAAGUUCUUGUAAUAUUUCUCGAUAAUAUAUUUAGUUUUUAAGUAAAGUA